CCUGCAGCCCGGACUCAGUGGUUGAGCAGCCUCGCGGUCAGUCACACAGCGUGGCGGUGUGGUCAUGUGAUUUCAGGGUCACCCCACAUUUCCAGUGUCCUUGAUCUGAGGGUGGCUUCUCUUUGCCAGUGCCACAUAAGAACAGCUUCCCAGGAGGAGACCUGCUCAGGAGAGAGAGCCCGCCAUCAUGUUCUGCACGAAGCUGAAGGAUCUCAAGAUCACUGGAGACUGCCCGUUCUCCUUAAUGGCAGUGGGGCAGGCCCCUAGAGAGUCCUCUGAGGAAGUAGCAGGGAGCUCGGAGAGCUGUGAGACAACUGUCCCCAUCUGUCAGGACCUGCCUGAGAAGAAUGCCCAAGGAAACCGUCCUCAAAGGAAGACCAGCCGGAGCCGAGUCUAUCUCCACACUUUGGCAGAAAGCAUUUGCAAGCUGAUUUUCCCAGAAUUUGAGCGGUUGAACCUUGCUCUUCAGAGAACACUGGCAAGACAUAAAAUCAACGAAAACAGGAAAUCUUUGGAACGAGAAGACAUUGAAAAAAUAAUUGUUGACCAAGCAGUUGCAGCAGGACUUCCAGUGGAGAACGUCAAGGAAUCCCUCGGUGAAGAGCUUUUUAAAAUAUGUUAUGAGGAAGACGAACACAUUCUAGGGGUGGUUGGAGGAACCCUCAAAGAUUUUUUGAACAGCUUCAGCACCCUUCUGAAACAGAGUAGCCACUGCCAAGAAGCAGAAAAGAGAGGCAGGCUUGAGGAUGCGUCCAUUCUGUGCCUGGAUAAGGACCAGGAUUUCUUGAACGUUUACUAUUUCUUUCCUAAGAAAAUCACAUCCCUGAUUCUUCCAGGCGUCAUUAAGGCAGCUGCUCACAUAUUGUAUGAAACUGAAGUGCAAGUGUCAUUAAUGACCUCCCGCUUCCCUAGUGAUGGUGGCGAGUUUGCCAAUCAGCCUUAUUUGCUGUACUCUGUUCACAUCAAAAGCACCCAGCCCUCUCUGCCCCCCGGCAAGCCUCAGUCCUCGCUGGUGAUCCCCGCUUCUCUCUUCUGCAAGACCUUUCCAUUCCACUUCAUGUUUGACAAAGAUAUGCUCAUCUUGCAAUUUGGUAAUGGCAUUCGAAGGCUGAUGAACAGGCGAGACCUUCAAGGAAAGCCUCAUUUUGAAGAGUACUUUGAAAUUCUGACCCCCAAAAUCAGCCAAACCUUCAGUGGGAUCAUGACGAUGCUGAAUAUGCAGUUUGUGGUCCGAGUGAGAAGAUGGGACAACUCAGUUAAGAAAUGUUCACGGGUUAUGGACCUCAAAGGCCAAAUGAUCUACAUUGUGGAAUCCAGCACCAUCUUGUUCUUAGGGUCACCCUGUGUGGACAGAUUGGAAGAUUUUACAGGGCGAGGGCUCUAUCUCUCAGACAUCCCAAUCCACAAUGCCCUGCGGGAUGUGGUCUUGAUAGGGGAACAAGCCAGGGCCCAAGAUGGCCUGAAGAAGAGACUGGGCAAGCUGAAGGCCACCCUUGAGCAAGCCCACCAAGCCCUGGAGGAGGAGAAGAAGAAGACUGUUGACCUUCUGUGCUCUAUCUUCCCCUGUGAGGUCGCGCAGCAGCUGUGGCAAGGGCAGGUCGUGCAAGCCAAGAAGUUCAAUAACGUCACCAUGCUUUUCUCAGACAUCGUGGGGUUCACGGCCAUCUGCUCGCAGUGCUCACCCCUGCAGGUCAUCACCAUGCUCAACGCCCUGUACACGCGCUUUGACCAGCAGUGCGGAGAGCUGGAUGUCUACAAGGUGGAGACCAUAGGUGAUGCGUACUGUGUGGCUGGGGGAUUGCACAGAGAAAGUGACACCCACGCUGUCCAGAUCGCACUGAUGGCCCUGAAGAUGAUGGAGCUCUCUAAUGAAGUCAUGUCUCCGCAUGGAGAGCCUCUCAAGAUGCGAAUCGGAUUGCACUCCGGCUCGGUGUUUGCUGGAGUAGUCGGAGUUAAAAUGCCCCGUUACUGCCUUUUUGGGAACAACGUCACCUUGGCUAACAAAUUCGAGUCCUGCAGUGUCCCACGGAAAAUCAAUGUCAGCCCAACGACUUACAGAUUACUCAAAGACUGUCCAGGAUUUGUGUUCACUCCUCGCUCAAGGGAGGAACUUCCACCAAACUUCCCCAGUGAAAUUCCUGGAAUCUGUCAUUUUCUGGAAGCUUAUCACCAAGGAGCAUCAUCAAAACUGUGUUUCCAAAAGAAAGAUGUUGAAGAUGGCCAUGCUAAUUUUUUAGGCAAAGCAUCCGGGAUAGAUUAGCAGAACAUUUAGUUAAUUAUUAGUUUUGGGGGCUUGACUCCUUGAGCUUAUGUGGAACUUCCAAAAGCACUUUAGGUUUGCAGAUGGCUAAAGAGCAGUAUUAAAAUUUCAGGAGCUCAGUCACAAUCUACUUUUUCUUCCACUUAACAUGAUAAGAUAUGUUCACUUUAGUACUUCAGUGAAAAAAAAAUGAAAGAAACCUCAAAAUUUGACUUUUGGGGGCUACUUCUGUUAAAUAAUGAUCACUCACUCUCUAUUGCAAAGUUUAGCACCUUGUAUAUAAACCAGCAGUCAUGGCCCUAUGGAGUGGCCACUGUCUCACGCCUGCUGGAAUCCCUUGGUUAUGAAAUUGUAUUUGUGAUAGUCUUGCCAUAAAAAGCUUUUCAUGUAGAAAUUACAGUCUUUGAUAUGAUCAGCUCUUUCAACCUCUCCACUCUGCAUUUUAUUAUACUUCCUCAUUUAACUGUUAGCAUACAACCUUAAAAAUAGAUUAAGUUUUUCUGUUGCACUUUUUAAGAGAAAAUAAGCAGUUAUGGGUUAGAUGCAAUAUGAGUAUAAAAUAAUUCCUCUGUAAAUA